CACAUAAUAUCUCUCCUCUCCCCUCCACCGCCCGUCGUCGUCGUCGCACCCACCUCCGGCGAGAUCCCGCACCCCCACCGCCACCCACCAUGUCGUCCGUCUUCAGCGGCGACGAGACCGCCCCCUUCUUCGGCUUCCUCGGCGCCGCCGCCGCCCUCGUAUUCUCCUGCAUGGGCGCGGCGUACGGCACGGCCAAGAGCGGCGUGGGAGUGGCGUCGAUGGGGGUCAUGCGCCCGGAGCUGGUCAUGAAGUCCAUCGUGCCCGUCGUCAUGGCGGGGGUGCUCGGGAUCUACGGCCUCAUCAUCGCCGUCAUCAUCUCCACCGGGAUCAACCCCAAGGCCAAGCCAUACUUCCUCUUCGACGGAUACGCGCACCUCUCGUCCGGCCUCGCGUGCGGGCUCGCGGGGCUCGCCGCCGGCAUGGCCAUCGGCAUCGUCGGUGACGCCGGUGUCAGGGCCAAUGCACAGCAGCCAAAGCUGUUUGUGGGCAUGAUCCUCAUCCUCAUCUUCGCCGAAGCGCUUGCUCUCUACGGCCUCAUCGUCGGCAUCAUCCUCUCCUCCCGUGCCGGCCAAUCCCGCGCCGACUAGAACAAAUCCCUUGCAAGAAUGGUGCACACUGUCCCACCGUUACAUUCUAUUUCAGAAGGUUGAUUUCUUCCUAGAGAACUGUUUUGGCCUUACGUUGUGGUUCUUCCUUGUCCAUAUGAACAUAAUGUGAGUGGGAUCGUAGAGGUCUCCACGCCCUCCAUCUCAUGUAAUUUUAUUCGGUCAGCAACACAAAGCUAUCAUGUGUAUUACUUGUAUUUAGCGCCUACUGUUGUUGCGCUGUUGUAUUUAAUUGUUUGGAAUAAUAAUUGGCGAUGAGCCAGCCUGGACGCGA